AUGAAGAUCCCUCUGUGGUGCCUGGUGGUGCUGCUGGCGUGUCUCUUCAGCCCUGGACGCAGUGACUGUCAGGGGGAAUGUGUGGCCUGCGGUCUGCUCCUGCAGCAGCAGCACCUGCAACAAGCCUUCAACACCAUGGUAUGUUUGCUGGAGUGUGAGGGUCACGUCUCCUCCUCGCUCACAUGGGAGGUGUGCAAACGUGCCGUGAAGCUGUCGCACCAUCCUGCACUUCCGGAGGACGGCGCUCUGUUCAAGAGGACGGGAGAGGAGCUGGAGCUGACCUCUCUGGACCUGAACUCUGACAGUGAACUGCUGCAGUCUGCAGCCGCAGAACGUUUCCAGGACGAGGACCAGACGCCCUUCGAGCAGCGCAGCGUCCAGUAUGACUCAUCGCUGCUGGAGUCCUCCGAGGAGGGGGAGGGUCCGGACGGAGAGAGGCAGCCGAGGGAGGAGAGGAACGUGGAGCUGGGAGGGGACGAGGACGACAGCUCGGAGGGCAUCACCUUAUCCAAACGCUUUGGCGGCUUCCAGAGGGGGCGCCACGGAUACAGGAAGCUGAUUGGCUCGCCCGUGAGGCCCCUACAAAAGCGCUACGGAGGCUUCAUAGGCGUCCGGAAAUCUGCACGCAAAUGGAACAGUCAGAAACGGGUGAACCAGCUGCUGAGGCAGUACCUGGGCAUGAGGAGCAGCCGCAGCGGCAGGUUCAACAACAACAACCCCGUGACUCGGGUUUGGAGGCAAAACAAACUGUAACGUGCCCCUGUUGCCCCCCCUCCUUACACGACCGAUCCCAUCCCAGUUACCUCAACCCCGUCAACCGUUUUCUGUUGUUUUUUUUCCCCAGCAGCUCGCUCCAGUUUGAACUGUGAUGUCACCAUUGUCAUGAGAAGAACAGACUCCUCCGCCAUCUCGCUGCACCUCUCUUUGUGUCUCUGAGUAACAAAGAAUGUUUUGACCGUGAUGUCCUUCUUCUUAAGCAUAUUUACAUGCCAUUCUGUGAAAUAAAAAGAAUUA